UAUAUUAAAAUAACUGCAAGAGCUUCAUUUCUAAGUUUAAUUAUUGAAUAUUAGCUCUAGGGAAAGAAAUAAUGAAGUAAAAACUUAGAGUCCCUAAGUUAAGGCUUUAAAAAAGUUAAACGGUGAAUACAAAAAUACAAAUAUUGCAGGGAAGCUGUUCAUGUUAACAUUUUACAAUCUAGUGAGUGCACAAUUUCAACUAUAAAUACCAGAUUUAAAAAAAAAAAAAAAAAAGAGGCAACUCCUCUAUAGGCGACAUUCUUGUGUUUCCUGCACACAUGUGUGCAAACACUACAGAACAGUGUUAGUUGAGAAUUUAACAUAACGUAUUAUUUAGCUUGCUAUAAUAACACAAUGUACUAUUAAGCAUUUAAAACGACGUGUUAUUAUUUCCAUCAAAAUUCACUCGCACUGUAUUUGGUAUUGAAAGGGAGUGGAAAGACCAUUUGCAGAAAGAGGAGGAGUUGAGCAGUCCCAAGGUGGAGCUGUCUCGUGUGUUAUAUGACACUGGCAGAUUAAAACGCUCUGAUGGGGAAGGGCUUACAGGCUGAGUCAAAAGCCAAGAAGUCUCUUUAUUUACGCCUACCUCCCAGCCCUUAGCAAUCUGACUAAUAACAAACUGAGCUAACAAGAAAUACUAGAAAAGGAGGAAGGAGAACAUUGCUGCAGCUUGGAUCUACAAACUAAGAAAGCAAGAGUGAUCAGUUCCAGCUCUGUUAAACAUCUUGUUUACUUACUGCAUUCAGCAGCUUGCAAAUGGUUAACUAUAUGCAAAAAAGUCAGCAUAGCUGGGAAGUAUGCUGUGAAUUUUAAUUGAGGGAAAAAGGGACAAUUGCUUCAGGAUGCUCUAGUAUGCACUCUGCUUGAAAUAUUUUCAAUGAAUUGCUCAGUAUUCUAUCUUUGACCAGAGGUUUUAACUUUAUGAACCUAUGGGACCUGACAAAAAGUGAUAUUUGAGAAGAGAGUACGCAGUGGUUGGUGUUUUCUUUUUUAAUAAAGGAACUGAAUUACUUUGAACACCUCUUCCAGCUGUGCGUUACAGAUAACGUCAGGAAGAGUCUCUGCUUUACAGAAUCGGAUUUCAUCACAUGACAACAUGAAGCUGUGGAUUCAUCUCUUUUAUUCAUCUCUCCUUGCCUGUAUGUCUUUACAGUCCCAAACUCCAGUGUUCUCAGUCAGAAGCUCUUGUGAUUCUCUUUGCAAUUGUGAGGAAAAAGAUGGCACGAUGCUAAUAAAUUGUGAAGAAAAAGGUAUCAAGACGGUAUCUGAAAUAAGUGUGCCACCAUCACGACCUUUCCAACUAAGCUUAUUAAAUAAUGGCUUGACAAUGCUUCACACAAAUGACUUUUCUGGGCUUACCAAUGCUAUUUCAAUACACCUUGGAUUUAACAAUAUUGCAGAUAUUGAGAUAGGUGCAUUUAAUGGCCUUGGCCUCCUUAAGCAACUUCAUAUCAAUCACAAUUCUUUAGAAAUUCUUAAAGAGGAUACUUUCCAUGGACUGGAAAACCUGGAAUUCCUGCAAGCCGAUAACAAUUUUAUCACAGUGAUUGAACCAAGUGCCUUUAGCAAGCUCAACAGACUCAAAGUGUUAAUUUUAAAUGAUAAUGCUAUUGAGAGUCUUCCUCCAAACAUCUUCCGAUUUGUUCCUUUAACCCAUCUAGAUCUUCGUGGAAAUCAGUUACAAACAUUGCCUUAUGUUGGCUUUCUCGAACACAUUGGCCGAAUAUUGGAUCUUCAGUUGGAGGACAAUAAAUGGGCCUGCAAUUGUGACUUACUGCAGUUAAAAACUUGGUUGGAGAACAUGCCUCCGCAGUCUAUAAUUGGUGAUGUUGUCUGCAAUAGCCCUCCAAUUUUUAAAGGAAGUGUACUCAGUAGACUAAAGAAGGAAUCCAUUUGCCCCACUCCACCAGUGUAUGAAGAACAUGAGGAUCCUUCAGGAUCGUUACAUUUGGCAGCAACAUCUUCAAUAAAUGAUAGUCGCAUGUCAACUAAGACCACAUCCAUUCUAAAACCACCCACCAAAGCACCACGUUUGAUACCUUAUAUUACAAAGCCAUCCACUCAACUUCCAGGACCUUACUGCCCUAUUCCUUGUAACUGCAAAGUCCUAUCCCCAUCAGGACUUCUAAUACAUUGUCAGGAGCGCAACAUUGAGAGCUUAUCAGAUCUGAGACCUCCUCCGCAAAAUCCUAGAAAGCUCAUUCUAGCGGGAAAUAUUAUUCAUAGUUUAAUGAAGUCUGAUCUAGUGGAAUAUUUCACUUUGGAAAUGCUUCACUUGGGAAACAAUCGUAUUGAAGUUCUUGAAGAAGGAUCAUUUAUGAACCUAACGAGAUUACAAAAGCUGUAUCUAAAUGGUAACCAUCUGACCAAAUUAAGUAAAGGCAUGUUCCUUGGCCUCCAUAAUCUUGAAUACUUAUAUCUUGAAUACAAUGCCAUUAAGGAAAUACUGCCAGAAACAUUUAAUCCAAUGCCUAAACUUAAAGUCCUCUACUUAAAUAACAACCUCCUCCAAGUUUUGCCACCACAUAUUUUUUCAGGGGUUCCUCUAACUAAGGUAAAUCUUAAAACAAACCAGUUUACCCAUCUACCUGUAAGUAAUAUUUUGGAUGAUCUUGAUUUACUAACCCAGAUUGACCUUGAGGAUAACCCCUGGGACUGCUCCUGUGACCUGGUUGGACUGCAACAAUGGAUACAAAAGCUAAGCAAGAACACAGUGACAGAUGACAUCCUCUGCACUUCUCCCGGGCAUCUCGACAAAAAGGAAUUAAAAGCCCUAAAUAGUGAACUUCUCUGUCCAGGUUUAGUAAAUAACCCAUCCAUGCCAACACAGACUAGUUACAUUAUUGUCACCACUCCUACAACAACAACGAAUACGGCCGAUACUAUUUUACGAUCUCUUACAGACGCUGUGCCACUGUCUGUUCUAAUAUUGGGACUUCUGAUUGUGUUCAUCACUAUUGUGUUCUGUGCUGCAGGGAUAGUGGUUCUUGUUCUUCACCGCAGGAGAAGAUACAAAAAGAAACAAGUAGAUGAGCAAAUGAGGGACAACAGUCCUGUGCAUCUUCAGUACAGCAUGUAUGGCCAUAAAACCACUCAUCACACUACUGAAAGACCCUCUGCCUCUCUCUAUGAACAGCACAUGGUGAGCCCCAUGGUUCAUGCCUAUAGAAGUCCCUCCUUUGGUCCAAAGCAUUUGGAAGAGGAAGAAGAGGGGAAUGAGAAAGAAGGAAGUGACGCAAAACAUCUCCAAAGAAGUCUUUUGGAACGGGAAAAUCAUUCACCACUCACAGGGUCCAAUAUGAAAUACAAAACCACGAACCAAUCGACAGAAUUUUUAUCCUUCCAAGAUGCCAGUUCAUUGUAUAGAAACAUUUUAGAAAAAGAAAGGGAACUUCAGCAACUAGGAAUCACAGAAUACCUAAGGAAAAACAUUGCUCAGCUCCAGCCUGAUAUGGAGGCACAUUAUCCAGGAGCCCACGAAGAACUGAAAUUAAUGGAAACAUUAAUGUACUCACGUCCAAGGAAGGUAUUAGUGGAACAGACGAAAAAUGAGUAUUUUGAACUCAAAGCUAAUUUACAUGCUGAACCUGACUAUUUAGAAGUCCUGGAGCAGCAAACAUAGAUGGAGAGUUUGAGGGCUUUCACAGAAAUGCUGUGAUUCUGUUUUAAGUCCAUACCUUGUAAAUAAGUGCCUUACAUGAGUGUGUCAUCAAUCAGAACUUAAGCACAGUAGUAAACUACGGGGGAAAAAAGGAAGAAAAAUAAACUCAGGGAUCAUUGGGAGAAGCCAUGGCAUUAUCUUCAGGCAAUUUAGUCUGUCCCAAAUAAAAUAAAUCCUUGCAUGUAAAUCAUUCAAGGGUUACAGUAAUAUUUCUCCACAUACUGAAAAGUGUCUCAUAGGAGUCCUCUUGCACAUCUAAAAAGGUUGAACAUUUAAGUAUCCCGAAUUUUCUUGAAUUGCUUUCCCUAUAAAUUACAAUUAGAUUUCAUCAUUUAAAAACCAUACCUGUAUAUGUAGUUAUAAUAUGUAAGGAAUACAUUGUUUAUAACCAGUAUGUACUUCAAAAAUGUAUAUUGUCAAACAUACCUAACUUUCUUGCAAUAAAUGCAAAAGAAACUGGAACUUGACAAUUAUAAAUUACAAACAGUGAAGAAAAAAUACAAAGGUUGUAAUUACAUAGGUCAUGGGUGGCUCAAAACUUUGAGCAUUUGAGCUUAAACAAAUGCCACUCUCGUGCAUUCUAAGUUUAAGAAGUUAAAAUGAUUAAUAGUUCAGGUGGAAUAAAUAAGCAUAUUUUGGGGGGUUUUCUACACAUUUUGUGUAGAUAAUUUUAAUGUCAGUGCUGCUGUGAACUAAAGUAUGUCAUUUAUGUUCAAAGUUUAAUUCUUCUUCUAGGGAUAUUUUUAAAAUGCUACUGAGAUUCUGCUGUAAAUAUGACUAGAGAAUCUAUUGGGUUUGCUUUAUUUCAUAGGCUUAAUUCUUUGUAAAUUUGAAUGACCAUGAUAGAAAUACAUUUCUUGUGGCAAGUAAUUCACAGUUGUAAAGUAAAUAGGAAAAAUUAUUUUAUUUUUAUUGAUGUAUAUUGAUAGAUGCCAUAAAUCAGUAGCAAAAGGCACUUCUAAAGGUAAGUGGUUUAAGUUGCCUCAAGAGAGGAACAAUGUAGCUUUAUUUUACAAGAAGGUAUAGUUAGAUUUCUAUGAAAUAUUUAUUCUGUACAGUUUUAUAUAUUUUUGGUUCACAAAAGUAAUUAUUCUUGGGUGCCUUUCAAGAAAAUUAAAAAUACUACUCACUACAAUAAAACUAAAAUGAAAACUCUAUUUUUUAAAUGUGCAUUCUUAAAUUAGCUUUACUUGUCAUGCAAUUAAGUAAGGAUUAACACAUAUACACACAAACAUACAGACAUACACACACUAUGGGAGGUUUCUAUUUGUUGUUUACACAUAGAAGUAUCUUGUUCAUGGUGUGAAACAGGCUAUUUAAUUUUUGGUAUGAUUAAAAAGAAGCUAAAUUUAAAGUACGUCUAGCCGUUUUCCCUUUCAAGCAAAUCAUUUUCUGAUGCAAUCCAAAAGGAAAUGUUUUAUUUCUAUCCUUUCUAAUUAUAGAAUCAACGAAUCAAUCAUACCUGCACGCUUUCACAAGACAAAGAGAAAUUAAUCAAGGUAAUCUGGGAAUGUUUUCUGAACACUACACAAACUCAUGCACUGGGCUAUGAAGCAACACAUUUUCCAUAAGGAAGUACUUCCUUCAAUUUACUCAACAAUAUUUCAGUGAUUCCUAAAUGAUCUAUUAAGUAUUUUGGCUUUUAAUAUCCAACUUUGCUCUAAAGGCAGAAUAUACAUUAUUUAUUUUACUUUUAAUGAGAAACCUUCUUGUUGAUAAAAACAAUAUGGUUUGUGCUGCAUGGUAUGAAGACUAAUUAUGAGUAAUGUAAAAUCAUGAGCUUUUUUCUUUAAAUUAUUGUAUAUAUUAAUGGAAAUCAAUCAAGAGUUACGUAUUAAAAGAUUUACUGAAAACCAAAAUUUCUUCAUUAGCUUCCAAAGUUUGGAAGCACAAAGGUGGAAAUUCUUUAAGUAACAAUUUCUAAGAGAAAAUGUGUGUGCCUAUGAAAUGCUUGAUAUUUAUCUACUAAAAAAUAUUUAGCAUCGUAAAUAGUAAAAUCUCCAAAAUAUUAUUUUAAAAAUUACAUUCUCAAGAGAAGAACAAAUAAAGGCCAGAAUUCAUGUUAUUGCACUUCUUUUACUCAGUCGAGUAUCUGCCAAUAUUUUCUAAUUCUAAUCAGGUACAUAGAGGUAUUAGGAAGACUUAAGAUAUUCCCGUGCCUGGAGGACACUUGGAAUGGAUCCAUGAGUGCAGACAGAGACAUGCCCUCAAAAACAUUCUUUUCUUAGGGAUGGGGGAAAUAUUUCUUUAAUCUUUAUUUGCCGUUAAUUGCCUAAAGUAAUAAUGUUCACUCUUUAACUUAUAAUGAAGAGGAACAAAGUUGUUUAAGAAGCCAUGUAAGUAUACCCCCAAAACCAAAGUACAAUCCUUAUUCUGGAUAUAACUUAAAACUGACAUCAAAAUUACAAUUGUUUCCAAAGGCAACAGAUUUUAACGGUUUAAAUGUUUCAUUCACAACCCUUUGUGGAAUUUGUUUUCCUACUGGUUGUUGAGAGUUGAGAAAGAUAAUAAUGGUCUCUAAUUCUUUGUGAUCUAUGAGACUUUCUCAGAAAUUUGAUUAUUUGACCUGAAUUUCCAAUUUCUUCUCCUUCCCGCUAAAGAACAACUUUUAUUAUACUCCUUGUUUGAUUGUUUACUUAAGCAACCAAUUUGGUCUCUUUCAGCAGCUAACUGACAGAUUCAGAAUUCCAAUUCCUCUUUCAGUAUCCUCAGCAUUAUUCACCUGAACUUGGCCAUUAAAAAAAAAAAAAAAA